AUGGCGAGUGGACAGAAGAUCGCAUCAACAGCCGUUAAAAACCGUUCUCAAGCACCUUUCUGGGUCUGGCUACGCAAUAAGCUGCUCGCCGUUGAUCGUCAAAAAAUAACACCACCGCCAGGCUUAGAAAGAUCCGAUGGCAAAGCAGUAUAUCACAACAAUUUACGAUUUCCAAAUACACAGUCGGCACGUACUCAACCGUCUCCAACUCUACCGGGUGGUAUUCAUCAUCGAAUUUAUGAUGUCUACUAUUUGGAACGCGAUGGUCGUCGUACAGUCUCACCACCAAAUCCACUCUAUUUAUCCGAUGAGCACGGUGCCAAGUUUGGAACCGCUACUGGCGAAGAGAUUACAUGUGAAAAGGCGGUUCAAGUGAACAAAGGACCUGGUGAGAACUUUGGACUGGAAGCACCGACACCAGGAUUUGGUUGUGAGUGGAAGCGUGAUCGUUCGUGUGAAUUAGCCACACAAAAGUUCUCGAAAGACCUGGGUUAUUUGGAGAAGUAUGACAGAUUCACACGAAGCAAAUGA